UGGGAUUCAUAUAAGUGAAUGUUAUGGUAGGAUCAAGGAAAGCACAACCGAUAUCAUGUGGCGAUGGAUAAAAAUAACUUCAAACUGAUUUGCAGUGAUUGGAAAUAAUCGGUGAAGACGUACGACGUUCCCCAAAAUAUUGAAUGUUCUCGUAAUGAAGAUGUCUUUGCUACAGCAGAUGUAUAAGGACGUACUGGCAGGCAUUCCAUUAGCAAAGGAAAACCGCUAUUACGCCUCUAUUCUUACUCUGUGUAUUGAGCAGUCACCAGAAGGAGAUGGAUCGUGUGAUCGAAUGCAUCUACCAUCUACUGAGGGUGCUAUUAGGAGCCAUCAGGACACUAUGUCAGACGCUGUUGGCCCUACAGCAGAUGACGUAUCGCGUGACUUAGCAAACAUGAACUUCUCAUCCUGUCCACGAGAAGUCACGCUGCUUCAGUUAACCUUGAUCAAAAUGCUGGUUGAUAAAGCAGAGUCCCAGGAAACUGAAUUCAGUACAAGACAGAAGUACUGUGAAAUCCUUGCCCUUCUUCUGAAGGAGACAAAAGUCAGUUCAAACUUGAUUUGUCUGCUCAGCAGUUGUGAUCAGCUGUUAUCUCACAUGGCUUCAAAAAGUUUAUCAUCUCUUGUAUAUUUCCAGCUGAAGGAAGAGAAUGCAUUGAAUGUCACCUGGCUCAGCCAUAGUUUGAAGACUCUUUUAGAAUUCCCUAUGCAUACCCAGGUAGCAGAAUGUCUGUGGACUCUUACAGCUGUUAUCAAAGACAUACUGAAAGAUGAAACUUUACCCCAAACAGAUAUUUUGAAGAAGUUGUUGUCUCCUCUUGAUGAUGUACUUGAAGGAUUUUACAAUUCCAUUCUGCUCCAUCAUUUUGACAGUCAUCUCUAUACUUCACCUUAUUCUGAAGCUGCAAAUAAUUUGAUAAGUUUUACAGAUCUGCUUGAAGCACUUCUGGCUGCCAGAAUUGAAUUGGAGCUACCACUGAAAUGCCAGAGAGUAUUGUUUCUGAAAGUUUCUUAUGUCCUGAACAUCAUUAGCUCAUCAACUCACUAUUUCAUCAAGAAGAAGUUCAUUAUGCUCCUUAAAAAAUGUGUCCUUUGUAAAUCCGGAGAAGAUACUGUAAGUGGAUCACAGUUCUUACAAAAGCCAUAUUUCUAUGAGGACAUGCUUGCUCUGAGUAAUGCUGUGCUGCAGGUUGUGAAUUUGACGUGGCUUGAUCAAAUCCCACUCGGUGAAAAGGCCAGCUACUUUGGAAGUAGUGAAGCUCUGCCUGGAGAUAACACUCAAAGUGGUUCUGAUCAAACUGUUCUGAGAGCCAUAAGUCUGGUUGUGCUUAAAACAUUGGAGUUCAAGUUUCAGAACACUGCUACAGAAGCUGAAAUCAAAGAAGUCUUUCAGAGUUCCAUGUCCCAACUGCUGACAUUCUGGAGGAGUCAUAUGAAGUGUUCCCCACAAUCCCACCCAGUUGUACAUCACUGUGAAUGGCUCUCCUUGAUUUUCAUAGAGCAAGAUGAUGAUAUGUGGGAAGCUGCUAAAGCUUUAUUACUCAGUUACUUAAAAUUUGAUAGGUUACGGCGUGAUGCUUCUGAUAACUUAACCCAAAAAGAGGAGGAAAGCUGGAACUUCCUUACGCAUGCAAGUGGCUAUAAUCCUCAUUGUAUAUUUUUAUUUUUUCUAGACAAAAUUGCAUUUGAUUCCACAGUGCUGCUAGAUUUUUUGAUUUCAUCAGAAACUUGCUUUCUGGAGUACUUGGUAAGGUACUUAAAACUUCUUAGAGAAGACUGGCAUCAGUUUGUAAAUGUCUGUAACUAUUUUGAUACCAAGCAUGGCACUUGUCAACCAGUUUCUUCUAUCAAGUCUCCACAUCAAGAAAAACAAAGCUGCAUGAGCGAUGUGAAUUUGCAAAAUGCUCCUUGUGAACCAGAACCACAGACUCCGAUACCUUUGACUUCUUCUCACAAUUGCUUGGUGUUUACCACAGAGCAAGGCAAUAAUGAAGUUGCAGAGUCUAACCAGUCUAAGUCAUUGCUAUGCAACGAUAGUACGUCUCUGCUGGGUUCUCUUCAAAGCCUUGUUAAUUAUGACAGCUCAGAAGAUUCUGAAUUAGAAUCGGUUGGAAGAGAGUGUUUGGUAAACAUAAAGCAGAUGCCCUUGAAUAAUGAGCAUGAGACAGUGAUAAGGGAAACUGUUUGCAGCUACACAGAUGAUAAACAUAAUAAACUCAAGUCUCAGGUGUUGCCUCUGAAACAAAAGGGAUGUAAUACCUCAUCCAGUUUGGCUUGUACAGUGCCCUCAGAUAACAUCGUUCCCCUAAAAAUAAUGCUUUUAAAAUCAACAAAGUGUUUGGAAGAACUGCAAAAUGCUAUUUCUAGGUUGCAGAGAAGAAAUCUUUUCCCAUAUAAUCCAUCUGCGUUGUUGAGACUACUGAGUCACGUUGAGAAGAUCAGUAAGAGCAUAAAUUCACCAUCAGUCAAAGAUCCGGUGGUUUCUAACUAGUACACUAGAGAACGCUUCCAUGAGAUGAAUAACUUCUAAAGCUCACGCCUUUUGCACCUGUCAGUGUAUUUAAACUGAAACAGGAUAAACAUGUUUUUGGUUGACACCUUCAAAAAUCUGCUCAGUGAUGUGAUCCAUUCAUUACCUUAGGGUCCCAGGCAUAUUCAUGGUAUGUAUGUCUGUAGUGUAUAUAAAGAUUAAUUGCUAGCUACCCAUAGUUUGAUAAUAAACAAGUAAUCUGAAAGCAUAUCAACAAUAUUUAAAGUAUUGUCAAUUAUACUUAAUGUCAUUCUAAUGAUUUACAGGUUCCGAUGAAGUGUUAAUGCAACACUUAACUGCUUAGAGAUUGAGCUAAAUAAAAUAUUGUAGCUGGGGA